AUGGAUCAAGCUAACGCUAAUGGUGGAGAACAACAAAAUAAUCAAAAUGCCGAAUUAACACCUGCAAAAAAUGAAAAUUACUUAUUAAGUCGAAUUGACGCUGGCGUCUAUUCUCCAGAUCGCUUCUAA